AUGGAAGUAUUUCAACCAAGUGUAGUUGUAAUGCAAUGUGGAGCAGAUAGUUUAAAUGGAGAUAGAUUAGGAUUUUUUAAUUUAUCAAUUCAAGGACAUUGUGAUUGUAUGAAAUAUGUUAAAAAAUUUGGACUUCCAAUGAUUCUUGUUGGAGGUGGUGGAUAUACAGUAUCUAAUACUGCAAGAUGUUGGUGUUAUGAAACAGCAGCAGCUUGUGAUUUAAAUAUUCCUGAUCAAAUUCCAAUUAAUGAUUAUUUAGAAUAUUAUGUUCCUGAUAUGAAAAUAACUAUUUCUACUAAUCCACAAAUGAAAAAUUGUAAUAGUAGAAAUUAUAUUGAAGAUAUAUUAAAUAAAGUAAUGAUAAUCCUUGAAGAUGUUGGAAAUUCUAAUUUACCUAUUGUUCAAUUUACUAAUCCUCCUCGUAUUGAUGAACAUACAAUAGAAAUGCAAAUAGAUGAAGACCAACAAGAUUUUAAUGAUGUUUCUAAUGGUUUUAUUAGAGAUAUCCCAUUAAAUAUAGAUUCUGAUGAAGUAAUAAAAAUGUACACUGAACCAUUACCAAUUUAUCCUAAAAGUAAAUUAUUUUGUACUCAAAAUUUAAAUGAAUUUGAAUAA